AUGGAGGUCGCCGGCGCAGCCCGCCGGAGGUCGCCGGGCGCCUCCCGCCAGGCAGGCCAGCGAGAGGCCGCCUGCCUGGCGGGCCAGCCGGAGGCCGAUGAGGCCGCGCUGUCCCUGGCGGAGUUGCUGGAGGACGUGCUCGCAGGCGCCGAGCAGGCGCUGGGCGCCGUGACGGAGGAGAGCAUCGUGGACGGGCUGGAGGCGGCCGUGCAGGGUAUCGCGGCGACCCUCGGGCUCAUGGCCGCGAGGCUUCCGGAGACGCCGGAGGAGUGCGAGCGGGCCCUGCAGACUUGGCAGGCGCUCUCGGCGGGCGCGCAUGAGGCGGACGGCGGCAGCCCCGGGCGACGAGAGCGCCGUCUGCUCGCAGUGCACUCGACGGCGCGGGGCGAGCCCCCGCCUUCCAAGGAGGAGGCGCUGCAGCUCAUGCUCGUGGCGAAGGCCGUGCUCUCCGACGUCCACACUGCGCUCGCGGAGGUUAGCCGCGACGAGAUAGAGGAGAUCGCAGAGGUGGCGCUGACGGUGACGCGCCUCGCGCUGGCUGGGGCGCAGAGAGCUCUGCGGCAAGUGCGUGCCGAGCAAUCCCUGCACGUCUCGGGGGUCGUCAUCGAGGACCUCGGCGGCGUUUCGGCGGGUGGCGGUGCUGGCCAGGCUUCCGACUCGGGUGCCGCAGGCGUGAGAGGCUCUGCGACUGCGCCACAAGCGGCGCGGACGCGGCGGCCACAGUACGCGUGGACGCCCCUCUGGCCCAGACUGUUGUCCUGGGCUACGAGUGCUCGGCCUCCCUCAGCACUGACGCGUCGGGUGAACCCGCUGGUGGUCGGCGCGGUCCUCCUGUUCACCUGGCCUGCCUUGCUGGUGUCCUGCGUUGUGGUCUUCCUCUUCACCUGGCCCUUGUGGCUCCUCGCUGGCGCCGUUGCUGCCUGGGUGCUCGCGGUCCUGCUCCCCAUGGCGCUCCUUGCAGACCUGGGGCUCCGCCGCCUGUACCUGUGGAGGUCGGCCGAGGUGGACGACUUCGUCCAGGGCGCGGCGCAGGUCUGCCGCCUGUGGUACCUCAGCGCCCGCCUGGCCGCGCGGCGGUGCCGGCGGUUCGCCCGCGCGCAGGUGCAGCGCAUCUCCAAGGGCAGGCCCAUCGCCGAGGUCGUCGAGGGGUGCUUCCGCAGCCCCGUCGAGUCCGCGCGCGCCGUCGCCUCGGUGGCCGCCUGCGUCGCUCAGGAGGCGGCGCGGGUGGCGCUGCGGCUGUGCGGCGUGGCGCUGUCGCUGGCCAGGGCCAAGUCCGGGGGCCCCACAGUGACCCCGUAG